AGCAAAGAAACAUGGCGGCGGCGUCUACUGCACAGAAAGUCCAGGAAGUGCGUGAAGUGACUCGUAUUGAGAGAAUUGGUGCGCACUCGCACAUACGAGGCUUAGGUUUAGAUGAUGCAUUGGAGCCACGUCAGGUAUCGCAAGGUAUGGUGGGACAGGCUCCAGCAAGAAGAGCUGCUGGUGUGAUAUUGGAGAUGAUAAAGGAAGGUAAAAUUGCUGGCCGUGCCGUUCUUAUCGCCGGUCACCCUGGAACUGGUAAAACUGCUAUAGCAAUGGGUAUGGCCCAGGCAUUAGGACAAGACACACCGUUUACAAGCAUUGCUGGUAGCGAAAUCUUCUCGUUAGAAAUGAGCAAAACAGAAGCACUAACUCAAGCAUUUCGUCGAUCGAUUGGUAUACGAAUAAAGGAAGAAACUGAAAUCAUUGAAGGUGAAGUCGUUGAAAUCCAAAUUGACAGACCUGCUACUGGAACGGGAGCCAAGGUUGGGAAACUUACAUUAAAGACCACAGAAAUGGAAACUAUUUAUGACUUGGGAACUAAAAUGAUUGAAUCACUUACAAAAGAAAAAGUACAAGCUGGGGACAUUAUCACAAUUGAUAAGGCAACUGGUAAAAUCACAAGACUAGGAAGGUCAUUCACCCGAGCCAGAGAUUACGAUGCAAUGGGACCACAGACUAAAUUUGUUCAGUGUCCAGAGGGUGAACUACAAAAGCGAAAAGAAGUUGUCCACACUGUUACUUUGCAUGAGAUAGACGUCAUCAAUAGUCGGACACAAGGUUUUCUAGCACUAUUUUCUGGUGACACUGGCGAGAUUAAGAGUGAAGUACGUGAACAAAUCAAUGCUAAAGUGGCUGAGUGGAGAGAAGAGGGCAAGGCAGAUAUUGUACCUGGUGUUUUGUUUGUAGAUGAAGUACAUAUGUUAGAUGUUGAGUGUUUCUCAUUCUUGAAUAGAGCAUUAGAAAAUGACAUGGCACCGAUUUUAAUCAUGGCUACAAACAGAGGUAUCACAAAGAUACGAGGAACUAAUUAUUCCAGUCCACAUGGUGUGCCUAUUGAUUUAUUAGACAGAUUAUUGAUUAUUUCAACCACGCCAUAUAGUGAGAAAGAAACGAGACAGAUUCUUUCAAUCAGGUGUGAAGAAGAAGAUGUAGAGAUAUCAGAUGAUGCUAUAACUGUCUUAACUAAAAUUGGAAUGGAAACUUCAUUAAGAUAUAGUAUACAAUUGAUAACGGCCGCUAAUCUUGUCAGUAGAAAGCGGAAGGGUACUGAAGUCAUCGUAGACGAUAUCAAGAGAGUUUAUUCGCUGUUCCUGGAUGAAUCAAGAUCUUCACAAUUCCUCAAAGAAUAUCAGCAAGAAUUCAUGUUCAAUGAAGUUGGAGAUAAAGAAGAUGCUAUGGAAACAUAAUAUCAUUAUUCAUAACCAGUAAAUAUUACACCAUGCCGUCUGUCGCCCAUCUCUUGAUUGAUUUCUGUAUAUACUGGAUGUAAAGUGGAAAUUAAUGGUCUGCAAUAAUAUAUGCAUUACCCACUUACUCACAUGUCAUUAUCUCAAGACCAUGAUGUAUUUAUUUAUGUUCUAAAAUCGGUUGUUUUAUUAUUAUUAUUAUUACCAGAAACCAGGAGUAAUACCACUUUGUUUGGACAGGUUGAAAAUGAACAAAAAUCCACAAUUUUACAAUUUUUUACAAUUUUCUCACCUAAUGUUAAUUUGAGAGAGGGGGGUAGUUUCCUUUCGCUUUCGCAUUGGUUUUCUCAAUAGCAAUGAAUGAAACCUGCUACAAGAUGAUUUGUGGGUUUCUGGUGCACAUGGUAUAUUUUUUAACGUCAGAAUCUUGUAAGCAUGUUUGAAGCUGUUUCAUGUCUACCCAAAUUUGCACAAAGUGACUGCAAAUUUAUCUAAAUUUCAUUGAUAUUUGAAAUUUGACAAACUAUUUUAGUGGUUAUUAUAAUACAAGUAUCUUACAAAAUGGUGGCUUUGAUAACCUACUUUGACAACAAACAUCAUGUGACAAUGAAACCCUGCAAUUAUUUUCUGACUUUGCAUUGGAAUACCUGAUUACAAGAUCACCGCCAUGCCAUAUUAACGGGCAGCAUUGCGUUAUAAACAUAAUCUAAAAACUUCUCUAUAUUUUUUUUUCAUUGAGAGUGACCAAACCAAUUUUUCUUUGAUGUAAACACAUGUGAAAUAAAUUUUUAAAAAAAUUUGUU